UUCGUACUUGUGCGGCAGCAUAGUGCGUUUCCUGGAAUUGGUCGUUCACUAAAACACGCCUAAAAACUCUGCAGUCCCUAGAUGUGGUGGCGAUUUCGGCAUCAUAUUCUCUUCCGAGUUGUUGUAAAAUACUAAUUAUAUUAUAGGUAAUUGUUUAAAAACUUUGUAAAUAAGUAAACGUAGUGAAAAGUGUUGACGAAACUUGUCAUUUUUACAACUUAUACACAUAACCUAACUGUAUUGACAUUUGUGUGAAAUUGUUUUCAAACAUCAUUGGCGUAAUUUUGGAUGUGGUGUUUUUAAUAAAUUUGAAUAAUUAAUUGGUAUUUCCCUUGGGCCUUUAGAAUUUGUCAAACGUUUCGAUUAAUGCAUGACCGAUUCUAAGUAAGUAACUUUUCAGGAAGCACUUCUUGUUCCUUGAAUACAGUUAAUCCACUAAGCAUUUAUGAAAAUGUCGAGUCCUAACGAGUACCACAUGGGAGAAGUAGUCUUUACAGACCACCAAAGGUUCCAAUCGACAAGCAGCGCCGAAGAGGAAGCAGAAACUGGUUCAGAUGAGGAACAACCCAUCAUGUACCACUAUCACACUGUUGAAAAAGCUGCCAUUAAGCGUCGUGGUCACUUACCAAAAGAUUCAGUAAAAAUUUUAAAGAAUUGGUUAUACGAACAUCGAUUUAAUGCCUAUCCUACCGAAGUCGAGAAAAAUAUACUUUCGCAGGAGACUAAUUUAACAGUUCUUCAGAUCAGCAACUGGUUUAUUAACGCGCGACGGCGAUAUUUGCCUGAAAUGAUGAGAAGGGAAGGUUAUGACUCCAUGCACUACACCAUCACCAGACGCAGAAGGGUAAGACGCGGCGUUAAUGGGGAGGUCUAUCACAAGGGGAGCAAGCAGAUGAGAAUCGAUGGGGGCAGUGAGGACAGUCAGUCUGAUUAUGAAGAAAAUACAAAUGGAUAUUGUGAAGAAGAGUCAAAUGAAAGGAAAUUUAAUCCCUGGCAGGCUGAUAUUCACUAUGGACUUACUGUAAAUCCUGCUGAUAGAGGAACUGAAACUCUGGAAGUUAGCCACACUGAAGAAGUGGAAAGCUCAAACGAUGUUUCCACAGUUGCCACUUACCCUUCCAGCUUGGUGAUGGUAAAAACAACCUCCGGUAAAAACGUUAUUUUGAAAGUGGUUCCACAACAAAGCGAUAGCGAUGCUCCAAAAACUUUCCUUUUGAAAACUGCAAAACUGGUGAAACAAACAACAUCGGCAUCACCAUGCGAAAUUUUGCCACGAGAAGACGUCGUCGAAGAAGUUGAAGACGACGAAGAAGGACAGUUGAAAUAUGAACAAGAAGAAGAGCAGGUUGAAGAGCAAGUUGCUUACUGUGAGGACGUCGAGACCGAAGAAGGGGAUAUUCAGGAAGAAGAUGUAAUCGAAGACGGGACAUUUUUAAGUGAGCAAUUGUUUGAGAACGCAAUGGUCACCAAAACUUUUGAUGAGGAGGUAUUUGUUAACGAAGUGACUUUGGAGGACAACGUAAAUGAAGUAACAAUUGAAGAUGAAGUUACUUUAGAGGGCACGUCUAGCAAUGAAGAAGAAGAGGAACAGCAAGAAGAGGCGGUUGACAUGCUUCAGUAAAAACACACUUAACUAAUUUAUUUAUUGCAAGUUGAAAAUAUUCUUCUUACAUGUUAUUGUAAGUUUUUUUUGUACAAUGUACAAUUUCUUUUAUAGGAUUUGGAUGUAAUUAAUUGUACCCAAAAGUCAACUAGUUAAAAUAGAAUAUUUUUUAUAAAACUUUA